GCCUAGCCAACAAAUUAAGCAGACAGCAUUUGCACGAAUCAACACGAAUCGAAGCUGAUCAAACUAACCUAGGCCUAGGGCCUAGACCUUCUGUGAGGUGACUCACAAACUAGCUUCAUGGCUGGGUUUUCUGAGCUGAAAAAGGCUCGGAAGCAACUAACUAAUGUUCUUGGAGAUGACGUUAAACAGUAUUGGACCAACAUGAAGCUCUGGUUUCGGCAAAAGGUAACAAAGGAGGAAUUUGAUAAUGAAGCUAGGAGACUGCUAAAAGGUGACAAUGUUCAGUAUCACAAUGAGUUCUUGGUAGCAAUUUUAGCAAAAUGUCAAAGCCUGACCUCUGCAACAGAAACAGUCAAGGAAGUGAGCACAGUUGUACACCCACCACCAAUCAAGGUGGCAAAGAAGGAAAGCAAACCAGUGAAAAAGCGCCGUCAAUCAGUUAAAUUGUCCUUAGAUCAUCGGUUCGUACCAAUAGACCCUCUGCCAGAAGCACCAUCGAUUGAACCAAGGGCCUUGCAAGAUGGGGAGCAGUUAAGUUUCUGUGCCGGCAGCAGACUUCUUCCAGACCCCAGCAUGUUACAUGGACGGAUGUUUGUAACUGCCUGGGAAUUUGGUCUAGAUCAAAUUGAGGAUGAUACUGUUUCAAUGAUGGUACAUGCUGCAGAGCAAAUAUUAAAAGACAUUUUAACGCAAGCAUUCUGCUUAAGGAGUGGUUAUCAGGUACGACAUGGGAACUUUCGACAUGCAAUAGGCACACUUACUCAUGUACCACCCAUUAGAACAAGAACACGUGACCAGAGCAACUGGGCUACAACCAUGCCAACAACAGUUGAUCCAGUUCACGGUCAGAUCCCCGGCAAACAGCCUUCAGUGGAAAAAGCUGAGGCUCAGUCUGUGAUGCAGGCAGCAAUCAGUGGAACACAGCCACCUCGUAGACCCAUGUCACUCUAUGAUCUGCAAGACACUCUUAAGAUGUAUAAGAAAACACUGCCCUCGCAUACUGUGUAUAGUAUUAACAUGGAGCGGAUUAUAGCAGGGCUGUGGCAUCCGAGCCAUGAAGAACUUGAUCAAGAUAAUCUGCAUAGGGAGGAGAAACUGUACAGAGAAGAAAUAGAGAUUAGUGAAAAAUGGGCGACUCAGUGGAGGACAGAUGGACAAACAAAAGUUGUUUAGGUGACAAGGAACUACAGUUUUAUAUUAAUAUUUUAAUUACUGUUUUUUCAAUUGUUUUUAUUGAUGUGUUUAAUGUCAUAAGAAGUUUCCAUACCAUUUGAAGCCUUUUCAAAUUUAAAAACAUUAUUUAUUCAUAAUUAAAUUUAUAUUAAAUAAUGUA